CCGCUAUAUAUUACACACACUCACCCCUAAAGUGAAAAUCACACUUCAGAUCAAUAAACACCAUAAAAAAACAAAAGAGAUGGCUCAGAACGAUACAGUCAAGCUCAUAGGUUCUUGGGCGAGCCCUUUUUCCAUCAGGGCUCGAGCGGCUCUACACUUGAAGUCUGUCAAGUACGAGUACUUGGACGAACCUGAUGUUCUCAGGUCGAAGAGCGAACUCCUUCUCAAGUCCAACCCCAUCUUCAAGAAAGUCCCUGUUCUCAUCCAUGGCGAUGUUUCCAUCUGUGAGUCACUCAACAUCGUUCAGUACAUUGAUGAAGCUUGGUCCUCCGGUCCUUCCAUCCUUCCUUCUCACCCGGUCGAACGUGCCAAUGCUCGGUUCUGGGCUAUCUUCAUCGAUGAAAAGAUCUUUGGAUCGUUAGAAGCGGUGGGCGGAGCAAAAGACGACGAAGGGAGAAUGGCGGCAGCUGGAAAGCUGAUGGAGAAUUUGGCGAUACUUGAAGAGGCGUUUCAGAAGAGCAGCAAAGGAUUAGGGUUCUUCGGAGGAGAAAGCAUAGGCUUCCUCGACCUUGCAUGUGGGACUCUUUUGGGUCCAGUGUCUGUGAUCGAGGCGUUUUCCGGCGUCAAGUUUCUCCGGCGAGAAACAACACCUGGACUGAUCCAAUGGGCCCAGAAGUUUAGGGCUCAUGAAGCUGUCAAGCCUUACAUGCCUACCCCCGAAGAGUUCGUUGCAUUCGCAAAGAAGAAGUUUAAUGUUGAGUGAUAUGCUUCUUCUAUAAGCAAUGUGUUGAAUAUGAAAUAAUGUAUGAAUGAUGCUUGUUGUCUUUGAGAUUUUUUUUUUGAAGUUUUCUCUGUAUUUGCCAAAACUAUAAUAAAACACAUGCCACUUUGGUAUUUAUUUCUA